GCAGGUUAGCACUAUAAGACGACCGUCAGUUACACUAUGUCCAGGUAUCGGAAGAGUGGCAAGAACAGAAGGAAACUUCAGCAAGAUCGACCGGCGUCUGUGCACCGUCAACAGUCUUUGGGUCGUCUGCAGCACUGGUAUAACCACAAGCCGAUAGUGACUGUCGAUCAGUUGCACAAGUAUCGAAGGAAGGAAUUUGGGACUGGACCUGACGGAGUCGUCGCACCGCCACCGCAGCCUCCGAUUAGCUUAUCGGCCACUCCGUCAUUUGACACCGAGUACAGGUGUCAUUUCGAACCACCGUACCGGACGGCUGAGGAAAUGAGCAUGAACAGGCGGUAUGCGGCAGUGCCAAAAGACGAGCUGCAGGUGGAGGGUGAGGCCGAGUUCAGCGCUGAGUACGCGGAACGGUACAAAGACUAUCCCAGGGAACGGAAUGUGGCUGCCCGUCAGGGAAGUCAUAUUGGACCGUUUGUGUGCGCAGACGACCCGGAACUGGAAGGCAUCGGUGUUAGGUCUGAACAGCACGACCAGUAUGUGCCACAUCCAGACGGACGGCGGGCGGAAAACUUGCGACCAAACACUGGGCUGAGGAUGGAUGAGGGGUUGAUGGAUGGCGAGACCGAGCAAAUGGCCAAUUAUCGCAAGUAUCCGGUUACCCCACAUCCGGACGUCAUCGACCAAGACCAGCACGAAGAGUUUGUUCCGAAGGAGUCAAGUAGUUCAACCACAAGGCGGCAGCUGUUCGAUGAGAGUAUGAAGGAAAUGAUUUUGACCCGGGACAGCGGCAUGUUGCUUCGGCCUGCGCGGUUCAUCGCCGUCGCCGGUGGACAGUCCCAAACCGAAAGUCCCAGACGCAUCGUAAAAAGACCGGUGUUCCGUCUGAAAGUAGUAGACUGCACAACUAGUGGUGAUGUGAAGAAGGUCGAUCGGACGGACGCUUUCUUAGUGCUGCCGGAUAACGAUGAUUUGCCACCGCCGUCAGGAAAUAUCGUUAAUGGUGGCAAUAGGUGGGUGAAGAGGAGACAGCGUAAAAUGGGCACUGCGCGGUUUUUCGGUGAUAGACUAGCUCGUUUUCCGGCCACCGACACUGGAAAAACUAUACAGUAGUCGCAACGACCGUAAUUUAUAACACCUAUUUAAUCUUACAAUCUUCGUUCGCGUCCGUUCACCCGAGAGAUUCCCGUACACGUUCAUCGAAUAAUAUAUUUUUUGCAAAUGUCUAUAGACGCAGUCCCUUAUUAUAAUGUCCAAUUGUAUUAUUAUGUUGAUCGUAUAACGUUAUAAUGAUGUACAAUAAUGCACUGAUGUCGAAUUGUACACGAAAUCAUUUACUGUCGUUCCAGAUUUAUGUAAUAUAAUUAUAGAGAUUUAGGUGCAUUAAAGGCGUUAUUACACUUUGA